AUGGCAAAAUAUUGCUGUCACAGUUGGCAACUGCGUGUCCGGCUGCCAUGGGCGCAGCGAUGGCUGCACCCGGGAAGGCCAGCCUCCACAGCGCAGCGGGCUGCUUCAUUGGGAGAUGAAGCCGCGGUUCCCUGGGUGCCCUGGGCGCCAUUGCUACGCUGUGUAGCACUGACUGGCUGCAGCGUCCGAGCUGCAAGGCAGCUGGUGGCCUUAGGGCGGGUAGCAAUUGAUGGACGAACGGCUCGAGAUGAGAUGGAAAUGGUGGAAAACUCUCAAGUGGUUACCGUUCUAGGCAAGCCGAAGCGUGGCGUCAUUCAGAAGCAGGCAGUGCCUCCACGGAAAGAGGUAUACAUAAAAAUGCACAAGCCGCGCGGGGUCAUCUGCUCCCAUGUCCGGGAGUUGGAGGGCACGCCUAUAAUUUCGGAUUUGUAUCCGGCUGGCGCGGAAGAAUGUCAUUGCGUCGGCAGACUGGAUUCUAGAAGCGAAGGCCUGCUGCUUGUCACUUCUGACGGCUUCUUCACAAGGUCAGCUGCCAUGCCAGAGACGCACGUGGAGAAAGAGUACGUGGUACUGAUAGGUGCCAACUUCGGACCCAAUGAAAGCUUCCACCAGCCCACAGAUGCAACCUUAAAGCAGCUGACUGACGGAGUGGAUUUGUUUGAUGGGAAGCCACCCGCCAUCGCUUUGAGGGCGGAAAUGAUGCAGUUGGACGCGUCGUUGGGUCUAGCAAGGCUGAAGCUCGUGGUGGACUCAGGCCGCUACCACCUUGUCCGACGUAUGGUGGCAGCCCUUGGUUACAGCUGCAAGCAGCUGAUCCGCACCCGGAUUGGGUCCAUGCACGGCAUCCCUAUCUGCCCAGCUGGAUUGGCGCAGGCUGCCUUGCAGGACGUUGACACUUCACCCCGCGUAGCUCGGGCCGAGGAAGGUGCAAGCGAGGCGUUGAACCCGGGACAGUAUGCCAAGCUCACGAUGGAGGAGGUUGCGGCUGUUUACCACAGGGGGUUAAAGUGGCUGGAUCACGUUCAAGCCGUGAAGUUCGCAUAG